CGGUGAUCGAUCGGGACUGCUACGUUUCAAGGACAUGAGCGGCAGUACACUCAAUGCCAACUCAAUACUCAGGCAGCGUCGAACAAUUCAUAGUUUCAGUAGAUGAUUAUCAUUUUUUCUCUCUCUCUUCCCCAUGCCCUGGGCUUACAGAAUUUAUGCAUUCUGCGCCUAUUGCUUUCGUUCUCAUUCUUUCCUUUGGUAAAUGGUCUCGCCUCUCUUUCGACGCAAAUUCCUUGGUCUGCCCGUCACCAUCAGCGCCUCUGACAGUAAUGACUCCGCCCCCUGAGCCCAUCGUAAUUACCAUCGUUCUAAUGGGCGAAAGCGUCGCACAUGAAGGAACCAUCGCGAUGAAGUCUGCAAUCAUGCACACGAGUCGGCCGCUGCACUUUCAUCUCAUAUGUACCCAGGACAAUAUCCCGUACCUGGAGAAGAAGUUCGCCUUGUUCACACGACCAGCUUACGACAUACAGGCAACAUAUUAUCCUCUAACCGCUGAACGCGUGCGCGAACGAGGCCACCGUGCUGGCAUAGGAGAGAACUGGAACGUCCUCACCAAGGUCUUUAUGCAUGAAUUGCUCGUAGACGUUGAAGAAACUAUAUUCAUUGAUACCGACAUGAUAUUCCUCGUUGAUCCUCUAGAGCUCUGGAACGACUUCAAGCAUUUUGAGACCCACACUUUAAUGUCAUUCCCUACACUCGGACCCACUUCUCAUCCCGGACAGAUCUGCAGCUGCAUCAUGCUCAUAAACCUUGCUCUCAUGCGUGAUCCAUCUACCAUAUUCAUGCCUUCAAGCCUCCUUCCAGAAACAGAGCAAUCCUCUUUAGCCUCUAUGCCGUUCGCUCGAGGAAUAAGUGAUGGAAUACCGAGUCCCAUGGCCGAUGAGAUGGCGCCUUUCGAUCCCCACAAUCCAUUCUUCGCCGACCAGGGCAUAUUUCACGUCAUCUGGUAUUACAGACCGACGAUGUUCAGGCACCUAUCAUUGCGAUGGGAUGUCAGCACAUGUCGACAGCAACUAGGCUUAUCGUUAGGCCAUUUUGGGGAGGAUCUUGAGGAAGAUAUGACGGAAGAGGAGCAUAUUGCACGGCAAAUCGCGCUGGACGGGAGCGGGGAAGAACAUACGCUCAUGAGCCCUGGCAUCUUGCACUUUAACUGCCAAGGCGAUAGGGAUGACAUCUGGAUUUGGGAAGAUAACCAUAACGCCAGUGCGAAGUUUGGUCCUGUCAUCCCAACCACUUUACGAUACAAAUGGGUGGGGCUUAAUAGGGGAGAUGGUUCCGCCAGGGUGCAAACACGAACAGACUCUGAUGGCAGGUGGUGGGAUGAGCGGUUAGCGGAGGCCCACGCUGCCAAGUAAAAGAGCGCUGUGAACACCGGAACGCCUGCAGCUGCAACUUUAUGUAUUUUAUUUAUCUUCGCCGACCAAAAAUCAGGACGUUUAGCAUUGACGCUUUGGGAAUCAUUGGAAGCCUUCCAUAGACAUCUUAGAAUAUCCAUUAUGCUUUCCGCUCUCCCUCCA